AUGAUUCAUUUACGUAGUUUAGAACUUCAUUAUCACUUCAAUUAUAAUGUUGAUGAUGAUUGGAACAAUCAAAAUUUAAUGAAACUUUUCAAUGAUACUUCUUUGUGCAAUAUACUCAUGUCAAAUGGAUUACAAAAACUACAUCUUUAUACGAAUUGGGAAUAUCCAGAUACUAUAAUCAUUGCUUCUUUAAUUGUGAAACGAUUACCACAUCUGGAAAUCAUCGAGUUAAAUUGUCAUAAUAGUAGUCAAGUUCCUGAAACAUUACAUAUAUUAAUGAACGGUCUUCCGAAAUUGAAUUUUAUCAUUUUUCAUGCUUUUUUGACUGGUGAAAAGCAACAGGAGUUAAAAAUGCAAGAUCUUCAGAAGCAUUGUACGCGUACUUAUAGAAUUGAAGAUCUUGAACCACUUGCCGAUAUGACAAUAAUUCAUAUAUGGCUUUAA